CGCGAAGAUGCUUGGGCCGAGGAGUCAGCAUAGAUGUUACAAAGACUCAUAUUAACAGUGCAUUUAAGAAUCUGCAGAGAGAGCCAUGCAGAGUCCGACCCAGGCAAACAGUGGACAAAACCCUGUGGCCACAGCAACCGCAGAGCCUCAACUGGACAUCCAGACUGAAGCUCAGCCAGCACAAAGUAGAAGCGAUGCACAAGAGGAGGAAAAGAGAUCCACUGCUCCCUCUGAGACUAAAACACCAGUCCCUCCACAGGAAAACAGGUCAGAUGUGCAAACUGCAGAAAAAUCUGCAGGUGUGGCACGGGCACAAGCAGAGCCGAAUGAACCCACCGUUCAUUCACUCACUGAGCCCGCAGAAAAUACUGAAAGGAUGGAGACUGAGCCAGCUUCAAAGCCAAGUGCCCCAACUGAACCUGUAUCUGAUGGAAAUAAAACUCUUGAGUCUGAUGGGCAGAGUUCAAAGAAAAAAGAUCAAGGUGUCCGGGAUGGAAGGAAAUAUGUCCCCUCUAAGAAAGCAAUGAUUGAUCCACUGAAGAUGGACAUGUCCAAGCCGUUACUUAAUCCUCUCACAUCAUCUCAGCUCUCCCUGCAGUGUCUCGAGUGCCACAUAAUCUUCAGUGAUCACAAGAGUAAAGAGCGUCAUCUGAAGCUGAGCCACCCAGCAGAAUAUGAACAAUCAAUACUGAGGAAUGCCCUUUUUGCCUGCUAUGUUUGUGACCGCCACUUCACAAACUCCACAGAGCUCAUGGUCCACCAGAAGGCCCACGUGGAGAGGAAACCCUUCAAGUGUCCAAUCUGUGGCGAGGCCUUCAACAAAUCAUCAGAGCUCACCAUUCAUAAGAAAAUUCAUUUUGGCCAGGGUGGCUACGCAUGCACGGACUGUGGCAAAGCUUGUAAAACAAUGACGUUGUUGAAGUAUCACCGCCGCACACACACUGGAGAGAGGCCCUAUAUCUGCAAGGAGUGUGGAAGGAGAUUCAACAUGUCCAAAGCUCUGCAGAAACAUAUACUGUCCCACAUGCAGGAUGGAGUCGAGGAAGAUGGAGCAGACAAAGCACAGCUGAAGACAGAUGAGGGUAUUCCUCAAAACUAUCCUUGUUCUGUAUGCAAUGCUCCCUUCAAGAGUACCAAGACAAAGCUACAUCACAUGAAAACUAAGCACACUUUGCAGCCUGCUGCAGCCAGUAAGGCCCUCCCUGCCGGACACAAAGUGAAGCCUAGUACACCUAUCAUAACUCCAAUAUCUAUCUCCCAACCUGUACUGCUACAGCUGGAGGCCAAUGGACCUCUGCAAAAAGUAGAUUGCAAUAUUGACACAGAUCAGAUUCGCAGACUCAUUGAAUCUUUGGGAAAUGUGCAGAGAGUGAACCAAGUUGUCAUAUUGGGGCAGGUGCCCCCUCAUGCCCCACCCCUGGAAGUUCAGCAGAUAUCACAACAGUCUGAAACUAUGAAUUUGAAUCUCAAUCUACCCCAUAUAGAUUUCAUGGGUUUGAAACAGCCUCAAUGUGGGACUGUUGAAUUGGACUCUUUAAACAACCCCUGUGACCCAAUGGAACAAACCAUUAUACUGGAGCCCAUUACGCCGGAUGGACAGCUGGAAAACCCAUCUUUCUCAGAACUAGGUUCCCACAUAGCAGCAGUUGAUGAAAGUAUUCAACUGACACUUGUUCAGACUGAACAAAGAGAGAGACCAGAGGGAGAUGGGAUGCAUCAACUUCUUCAACAGCCUGAUAUUAGUGCUAUUCAGUGUGAUAAUUUAGAUCAAAUGGUUUGUCAAAAUGAACAAAACUUAGAGCAAACAGUCAUAUUAGAACUUACCCCGCCUUGAUACCAACUGAGGAGCUGGAGCAAUC